AUGAUGGAACCGCCACCUUGUUCGAAAAAGAGCCUGUCUCUUUCGUUGCCGGUUCCCCGGGAGGGACAGGCGACCCUAAAGCCUCCGCAGCAUCUUUGGAGACAGCCACGGACCCCCAUCAAAAUCAAACACCGCGGUUACUCUGACACCGACCGGCAUCACCACCGGCAGAUAGAGCGCUCAAAUGCCAUGGACACGAGUGACCGGCCGGGGCUCAAGAAGUCCCGCAUGUCCUGGCCAUCGUCCUUCCACGGCACCACCAGCGCAUCCAUAAGCAACUGUGCUGGAAAUAAGCGCUAUGAUGGGGAGAAUGGGCCCUCUCCUGGCCGAAGCCCUAUGGAUUCGCAGGCGAGUCCUGGGCUGGUGCUUCAUCCCUCUUUCCCUCAGAGUCAAAGGAGGGAAUCCUUCCUUUAUCGAUCCGACUCUGACUUCGACAUGUCCCCCAACACCAUGUCACGAAACUCCUCCAUCAACAGCGAGGGUCAUGCUGAAGACCACAUAGUCACCCCUUUUGCUCAGGUGUUGGCUAGCCUACGAACUGUCAGAAGCAACUUCACCAUUCUCGCCAAUGUCACGAGUCCUGCCAACAAGAGAUCGCCAGUGACCAGCCAACCCACUGUUACCCCGGCAACACUCUCAGAGGAAACAUACCAGCAGAUGGCCCACGAGACUCUGGAGGAACUCGACUGGUGUUUGGACCAGCUGGAGACCAUUCAGACCCACCGCUCUGUUAGCGAGAUGGCCUCUAACAAGUUCAAGAGGAUGUUAAACAGGGAACUGUCUCAUCUGUCUGAGAUGAGUCGCUCUGGGAAUCAGGUGUCCGAAUACAUCUCGACUACCUUCUUAGACAAGCAGAAUGAUGUUGAGAUUCCUUCUCCUACUCUCCGGGAGCGAGAGAAACCGAUGUCUCACAUCAGCGGUGUCAAGAAGCUUACUCAUAGCUCAAGCCUCACUUGUGCAGCUCUGCCCCGCUUCGGGGUCAAAACCGAGCAGGAGGAUGCACUGGCAAGGGAGCUGGAUGACUUAGACAAGUGGGGACUUAAUAUCUUCCAUGUGGCUGAGUACUCCAAUAACAGACCUUUAAGUUGCAUCAUGUUUGCUACCUUUCAGGAAAGAGAUCUGUUGAAAACAUUUCGGAUUCCAGUGGACACGUUUAUCACCUAUGUGAUGACACUGGAAGACCACUACCAUGCCAACGUGGCCUAUCACAACAGCCUGCAUGCUGCUGAUGUCACACAGUCAACACAUGUGCUGCUCUCCACACCAGCACUGGACGCGGUUUUCACUGAUCUUGAAAUCCUGGCUGCAUUGUUUGCUGCUGCCAUUCAUGAUGUAGACCACCCUGGAGUUUCCAACCAGUUCCUCAUCAAUACCAACUCUGAACUGGCAUUAAUGUACAAUGAUGAGUCUGUAUUGGAGAACCACCACCUGGCUGUAGGUUUCAAGCUUUUGCAUGAGGAGAACUGUGACAUCUUUCAGAACCUUCCCAAACGACAACGGCAGAGUCUGCGCAAACUGGUCAUUGACAUGGUUCUGGCGACAGACAUGUCAAAGCAUAUGAGCUUGCUGGCAGAUCUAAAGACAAUGGUGGAGACCAAGAAAGUGACCAGCUCAGGAGUGUUGAUGUUGGACCAUUAUAAUGACCGGAUACAGGUCCUAAGGAACAUGGUGCACUGUGCUGACCUUAGUAACCCAACCAAGCCCCUGGCAGUGUACAGGCAGUGGACUGAGCGCAUUAUGGAGGAGUUCUUCCGGCAGGGUGAUAAAGAACGAGAGCGUGGGAUGGAAAUCAGCCCCAUGUGUGACAAACACACUGCAUCCGUGGAAAAGAGUCAGGUGGGCUUUAUCGAUUAUAUUGUGCAUCCCCUGUGGGAAACCUGGGGGGACCUGGUACACCCUGAUGCUCAGGAAAUUUUGGACACCCUCGAGGACAACCGAGACUGGUACCAAAGCACUAUUCCCCAGAGCCCUUCGCCACCACCUGACGGCCCAAAUAACGAGAUUGAAUCCUGUAUGAACAAGUUCCAGUUUGAGCUCACCCUGGAGGGGGAGACGGGACAGGAUGAUGACUCUCCUAGUCACAACCACAUAGGUAACAAUGGUCAAGAGGAACUGGAGGAAAAGAAAGAGGAGGAGGCAGAGGAAGUUGAGGAGGAAGAAAAAAUGGAGGACGAGGAGGAAGGGACAGAGGUAGUGGUAGAGAUGUCAGGACGGAGACGACUGCAGGUUCAGUCAGUGGUUGAGGAGGAGGACGAGAGACAGUCAGAUGAGAGUCCUGUGGAAGAGGUGGACGAGGAGGAGAAGUCGUCCUCUCCUACUGAUGACACGUAAUAUUUGAGACUAAAGGAACCAAUGUCUGGCCCAGAGGGCUAAGUAGGGGACAUUCUUCAAAAACUCUUUCCCUACUCUCUACCAUUCACAUAGGACUCUUCUGUUUCUGAUAGAUAACCAAUUCAAUAAGACAUUUAAUUUUAUUUUUCAAAAAGGGAACAAAAUAAUAUUGAUAUCAGAGAAGUAUUUAACACAGCAACUGUAGAUUUCACGUGUGUGCUGGAGUUCUCCCAGCUGAAGGUGAGAUUUUAUGGAGAAAUUGAAUUAUGGUGGUGUUUGUAAUGGGCUGUUAAGUCAGUGUAGCACUCUGGAUUUUCCACAUACAUACACACACACACACACACACACACACACACACACACACACACACACACACACACAUCAAUCAAUGGGUAUACACAUUUGCAGUCACACUUGAAUUUUAACCUAAAAUAAUGAUACCACACACUCCAUGCAAACACACAGUUGUGUGUCUGUGUAUGUGUUCAGGGGGCUUGGAUCUGAAAGGACUCUCUUUGGAAAAAGCCAUCUCAAAAAAUGGAGUAUCAUCAUCAAUAAUCUGUUUUUAAAGAAUUCAAACAGGGACUAAAAUCCUCAGAUACUUUGUUCAGUUUCUGUCAUAAAGAGAACACAGUAAUACCUGCAGAGAGAAACACAAGAUUAGCCUGCUGUCCAGAAGACUAUGGAGGAAUGAGGAUGUCUGAGCAAAGGAGGAAACACCGAUGGCAUGAUUUGUUUGUGGGUCCCACCCCCUUUUUCCCUUUACCCAGGAGUGCUACCAGGGCGAGAUGGCCGUGUGCCUUUCUGUACCACCAGCUUCAACUCUGGAGCUGUUGUGAAGCAAUGCAUCUUGGGACAGGAGUGUCUGCUUUUGUCUUCAUUUUUGAUUGUCUCUUUUUAAGCAAUCUUAUCUCCAUCUACUAUGCUUUGUGUGGGCAUAGAGUGUCUUUUGCAUUGUCUUUGUGAUAAUUCCUUCUCUUAUCUGUAAGUCUUCCUCGGUUGCUUUCAAGCUGGCCGAGCAGUUAGGGCCUAGAUUAGGACUUAUCAACCUUAUUGCUCACAGACUGCCCUCAUUUUCCAUGUGAAUAAUUAAUGAUGAUAGUCACUUUUUGAGGAUAAGCCAUUGGAGACUUUGAAACAUAUGUUUUGCCUUCUUUUGUUUUUCUUUUGUUAUAUCCAUUCCUGCCAAAUUUGUAUAAGUGACAGAGUCUACUCAAUAGCACCACGCAUUCACACAGAUUCUCUCACAUUCACCCACUCACACUGGUAAUACAUUCUCUGUCUACACCACUGAAACACUUCAUUAUGUUUUGCCAAAGGAAUGAGUGCCUAAAUGGUCAGUUGGUGAAGUUUUGAUCAGGGGGCUAUACUGUAGGUGGAGCCUAAGACAAAGCAUAUCUAAGGGGCUGUUCAGACAAAACGUGUUCUUGCGCAAAAAAAAAAAACAAUUAAAAAGCAAGACACAGCGCAAGCAGGUGUCUAAUGAUGCAUUUUAAAAAUUGUAUGUUCUUUUUAAAGGAAUAUUCCGGGUUCAAGGCAAUUAAGCUCAAUCAACAGCAUUUGUGGCAUAAUGUUGAUUACCAAAUAAUUUUUGGAGGAAUUAAAGGCAAAAAUGGGAAGCUUAUAAUUAUAUAAAAGCACUCACAUUAAUUCCUCUGUUAAAACUUGUGUAUUAUUUGAACUGUAAAGUUGUUUAAAAUGGUAAAAAAAAAAAAAAAACGUUUUAAGGUUAUGGUGAUAUGCCGUCAUCAUGGUCUAAAGUUAUAUCCAAUUGUAAAAUUGGAUAUAACUUUAGAUAGAAAAGAUUAGAAUACAAUUUUAUCACUCUACAGUCAUGCUAACAUGCAUAUAGUUUACAUCAUGUUGCUAUACAUUUGAAACAGUGUAUAUUCUAACGUUUACAAAUUGGGCCCCAUUCACUACUAGUGUAAGUGCCUCACUGUAACCCAUAUUGCCUUUUUUUUUAAAGAAAAGGAGGGUCGAGUCACAUCAACAUUUUGCCACAAAUGUUGUCGAUUGAGCUUAACUUCGAUUGAACCCGGAAUAUUCCUUUCACUUGAUAUGGCAACACAAUAACAGCGCUCCUGCAUGAGAUGAUGAGAAAGAGUAAUACGCAGUUCAGCGGUAAAAGGAGUCCAUCUAUUGCAUAUCUACAUGAAAAAACAACAGGAAAACAGCACAGAUAGAUGCGAAAAAUGUUCGAUGUGAACUGCCCCUAAGAGAAGAAGAGGCUGAUAGAUUAUGGAGCUGAAGUGCAAGGAGUUACAUGCAGUCAUAUUGAGUUUGAUGAUUUUUGCCUUAAUGUCAACUGCAGGGUUUCUACCUGUCACAUUGUGGAAUAAUAAGAUGUUGGCAUUAUAUUCCAGAGUAUUUGUUUCAUGUCUAUAUGCCUUGCUAAAUGUCUGUGAAUACACCAUAUAGCAUCAUCUGCCCAGACAUAGCUGGAGGUAUAAAGUAGUAUUUUCUGCAUGGCAAAGCUAUACGAUUUAGUACAACACUCUAAAGAGCGAGCAAGCAGGUCAUACCAUUAAAUGAAACUUUUGCUCUAAUGUAUUUAAUGUCUGUCAUCUUUGUCUAGUUGUUUUUGUUUUGUUUUUGCACACGUCACGCAUGUAAUGAGAGGGAGAGUAAGUAUAAAAAUGAGAGAAUGAGUUCUCAGGUUGAUGUUAGAAUUGCAAUAUCGCUUCUCUCUCAAAUCUCAGAAUUUCAGUUUGAUUUUAGUUCAGUUGAAUGAACCAAUUGUUGCCAAUUGUUGCUACUGUAUAUUGUGAGGCAGCAUUUCCAAGAAUCCCUCUUGAAACAUAAUGACAAGCUAGUUUCUGCUGGUCAGUAGCUUAGCUUAAGUCUGUGCCUGUCAGAGCAGAAACAUGAGGUCAUACCGGUACAUACAGUAUGUAAUCACUGUCCUUGUCAGCGAUAGGAUUAAAGGAUGUCAUGAUAUGGCAUCCAAGUUUUACUUAGUGGACAACAAAAGGAAAGACCAAGGUUUCACGAUCGACUUGUGUGAACUGACGACAUUCCCAUUUACAUUUGCCUGUCUUACCUUAAAUGCUUUGUUGUGUGGCUUUUCGUUAAUGAUGUGAGCGCUAAGCUACAAAUAAUAUUUGCCAUUUUAACACGACACUGUAGCAAUUGUUUCUUAUUAAGAAAUUAUUCAAAUUAAUUCCUUGCUGCCAUUCUUUUUGGAUAUCAAAAGGAAAAACAAGUGUUUUCUUUGAACAGUUUGUGUACAGUUUUUAUUUUUGUAUCAUUCUGGUUUGAUGGUUUGAAAAUCAAAAAAACUACUAUGUAAUAUAAAUAGUAGGCUAUUCACUGCUUGUUUUGUAUAUACUGUAAUGUUGAAUUGUAAAUUUGAAAUCUCUCAGAAUCAAUCAUUGUCACAAUUAAUCAUUUUUACUUGUAAUGAAUUAUAGUUGAAUUCUGGAAUUUCAGAAGCACCCUCCACUUUCCCCUUUCGUUCUCCAUCUCCCUGUCACUCUUUGGGGGGAUUUCAGAAAAUCUCCCAUCACAUUUAUAUGUGUAUAUUUGAAUUGAAUUGGAAAAUAGACUAUUUAUUGGUUAUUUCUAAACUUUUCUUUACCAGCACUUUAUUUUUCCAUAGGUUGUGAGAUGGCCGAUAUGAGGGGGAAUGAUACUUACUGAUUUGUGCGUUAAAGGUAGUUGGAAAGCGUGGCACAGGGUGAAUGGCUUGGUCCAAAAUUCUUCAUUUUGGUCCUAAAUGCCAUUAUCUGCUUAAGCACUGAGCUACAUCAGCUCCUCUGUGUCAAUAAUCCACAUGGUAAUGGCUUUUCAUAGGGUUUAGAAAUACUUCUGUGAGGUUAAUAACCAAGUGACAGUCAGAACGUAGAUGUGGCUUAAUCAGAAAACAGUUUUUCCUUUGUACUUUGAAGUCAUGCCUCAUGAGACUCCCCAAUGAAAUUAUUCUCUGGGCUUUAAAUAAUAUGUUAUUUGUUCACAAGUUGUGGUAAUAUAAGUGGAAAAGAAAACACAGGAAAAUGAUUGUAAUAUUUGUACAUUAUAUUGCUGUAUGUGUAUAAUGUGUCCAAGUUAUUUUAUAUUAUAUUAUUUUUAUGAAAGGUUUUCCUCUUAGAGAACUGAGUUGUCAUUUUGUGAAUACAAUGCAUUUAAUAAGCAAACAGCUAUAUAUAAAAAAAACAAAUAUAUAUACCAGUAUAUUUUUUUUCUUUCACUGUUCAGUACUGUAAAGUGUG